AGUUAAAAAUUAAGCGGCAAAGCCAAACUCAGUCUCUCUGCUCGGAGAAUGUAGGGCCAAACCUGAUGCAGUCUCACUGUCACGCGGCUCGUUAUUUAUCCUUGUGAAACUCAGAGGUCUUAUUUGAAAGGGAAGAAGGGAUGGAAACUCCCUCUUUUUAGCCUCAACAUCUAGGGGUUAAAAUACUGGUUUAAUGGUGAAGAUAAAAGCCGGUCGUCGUAAAAGAGAUUCAGGGCAGAGGGAAACUCCACCACAAAGUGUGGUACUCUUUCCCAGAGAAGCCAAAUGGACGAGAAGCCUUCCACCAGGAAAGGUCCAGAUUUCUGUUCACUGCGCUAUGGACUGGCUCUCAUCAUGCAUUUCUCAAACUUCACCAUGAUAACACAGCGUGUGAGUCUAAGCAUUGCAAUCAUUGCAAUGGUGAAUAGCACUCAGCAUCAUGGUCUAUCCAAUGUCUCCACAGAAGAACCUCUUGCAGAAACCCUUAAUAACCCCAGCAGAUCCUUCAAGAAAUUUAAUACAGGGGCCUCUGUAUAUGAAUGGAGCCCAGAGACUCAGGGUAUCAUCUUUAGCUCCAUCAGCUAUGGGAUAAUACUGACUCUGAUUCCAAGUGGAUAUUUAGCAGGAAUUUUUGGAGCAAAACAGAUGCUUGGUGCUGGUUUGCUGACCUCCUCCCUUCUCACCCUCUUUACACCACUGGCUGCUGACUUCGGAGUGAUUUUGGUCAUUGUGACUCGGACAGUCCAGGGCAUGGCCCAGGGAAUGGCAUGGACAGGUCAGUUUACAAUUUGGGCAAAAUGGGCUCCCCCACUUGAACGAAGCAAGCUCACCAGCAUUGCGGGUUCAGGGGCAGCAUUCGGGUCCUUCAUCAUCCUCUGUGUGGGGGGAUUAAUCUCACAGGCCUUGGGCUGGCCUUUUAUCUUCUACAUCUUUGGUAGCAUUGGCUGUGUCUGCUGUCUCCUCUGGUUCACGGUGAUUUAUGAUGACCCCACGCAUCACCCAUGCAUAAGUGUCAAGGAAAAGGAAUACAUUAUGUCUUCACUGGCUCAACAGCCCAGUUCUCCUAGACGAUCUGUCCCCAUAAAGGCUAUGGUCAGAUGCCUACCACUUUGGGCCAUUUUCAUGGGCUUUUUCAGCCAUUUCUGGUUAUGCACCAUAAUCAUAUCAUACCUACCGACGUACAUCAGUUCUGUGCUCCAUGUUAACAUCAGAGAUAGUGGGGUUCUUUCCUCCCUGCCUUUUAUUGCUGCCUCAAGCUGUACGAUUCUAGGAGGUCAGUUGGCAGAUUUCCUUCUGUCUAGGAAUCUUCUCAGAUUAAUCAACGUACGAAAACUCUUUUCAUCCCUAGGGCUUCUCCUUCCAUCGCUAUGUGCUGUGGCCCUACCCUUCGUGACCUCCAGUUAUAUCACAACCAUGAUUUUGCUCAUACUUAUUCCUGGGACCAGCAACCUGUGUGACUCGGGGUUCAUCAUCAACACCUUAGAUGUUGCCCCCAGAUAUGCAAGUUUCCUCAUGGGAAUCUCAAGGGGAUUUGGACUCAUCGCAGGAAUCAUCUCCUCCACUACCACCGGAUUCCUUAUUAGUCAGGAUUCUGUGUCUGGAUGGAGGAAUGUCUUUUUCCUGUCUGCUGCUGUCAACAUGUUUGGCCUGGUUUUUUACCUCACAUUUGGACAAGCAGAAAUCCAAGACUGGGCCAAAGAGAGGACCAUCACCCGCCUCUGAGAAUACAGAGUUACAAACUUAAAUGUAGUACUGGCUAUAAACUUUUCAACAUUUUUUACUUAUCGUCAUUCUUUUUUCAUAUUCUUCAUCAUAGACUCCACAGUUCUCAACUCUGGUUGUAUGUUAGAUUUCCCUGGGGAGUCUCUAAACUAUAGCGAUGAAUGGGCCCUACCCCAGAGAUUCUGAAUGAGUUGGUCUAGAGGAGAGCCCAGAUAUCACUAAUUUUUUAGAUACUUCCCAGAGUUUCUAACAUGCAGCCAGGGUUGACAACUGCUGGACAAACUUGAAACAUCAAUUCCUGUUGCCUUUGAAUUUUCCUCUUUGGAAAGUACUGGAUGAAUAAAAAUCUAUGUGAAAAUAAUCACUGAUAAGUACCUUCAUGGGGGUGAUUACGGACACAGAGAAGAUCUGCUGGGAACUGUAACUGUGUGUUAUACAGCUCAGCACAGAACAGAAUGUUUAAAGCUGUAAUCUAGAGAACUAACAUUUUUAUUGUUUUUAUACAUUGUGAAACGUGGAUGUUUAUUUAUGUGGUUAAAUUCUAUUAAAAUUCACAUACUAAAAUUAA